AACACCCGGUGUUUCAAAAAAGACCACGGGGAAGCGACUGGAAAUUUUUGGAAAACUGACUGACUGCUGGAAAUGGGUUCUUCGGCCGUACACACAGUCUGAAGUUUGAAUGAUAAAUACAAGAACUUGAUGUUCAUGUAACCUUGUCGAGACGAGUCGACAUACACAUGACAAAAUGUCUUCGCCGAUUGUUUACUGGUUUACAUCAGAGGUCUAUCCAUGGCGCACAACAGCAGCAACUUGUUGGGCCAUGUUGUCCGUACCUGUCUUCUCCAUUGCAUUUGUGCUACUCACCGGAAUCUCCUUUUCACACCCAGUCCAGUGGAUCAGUGACACUGCUGGAGUCAUGAUAUCUUCUCAGUUUUUCACCUCAGUUCUCGUGUUUGCUUUACUUCUGGCAUUGGUCACUCGUUUUUCCUUUUCUCAUUAUUCAGUGAUUGCUGACAUUGAAAAGACACGGCUGAACUCUGUAUUGAGUCUCUUCCGCUGGUCUCGCCUCCCUCUCCUGGUGGUCUCGUUUGUGACUGGGGCUGUGUCUUCCUGGAGUCUUCUCAGGCUGAUGGGCUCAGACAUGGGGUCAUUGACAUAUGAAUUGGAUAGCAAAGAGUUCAGGAAAGUUAUGUUGAAUGAGAGACACUUGUUCCUGGUGGAGGCAGGGGUCUUCUUCAGUCUUUGUCACUUUGUCCGGUUUUUCUGGCAGAAGCAGAAUUAUCUGUCCUUUCCCCACAUUCAGAGGCAAAAAUUUUUCCUCAUUCGACGUGAAGCCAGCAGAAUCCUGCAUUCAAAUGCUGGCCUGUCUGUUAAGAAUACUCUCUGCUUUUAUGCUGUCUACUUCUUGUUUGGUGGUGGUCCUAAAUUGUGGAUAAAGAGUUCUUUCAACAUGAAUGAAGAUUCCAGCAAAUCUGAUUUGACAAGUGUGUUAGGCUUGCUGGACAUCAGCUUGUUUUGGCAAACAUAUGUUUUGUCUUUGAUUCUGACGACAGCGUGGACACUCGCGACCUCAUUACUUAGAGUGUUCCACACUCAGCUCUUGCAGUUUGACAUCCAGAGUGCAAUGGAAGCCAAACAGGACAGAGGACUGGGUGAUGCCAUGGCGACCUCAGAACCCCAGCUUCUCCAGCAUUUGGCCUUUUAUGAUUUCUGUUUGCUGUCUCGGCACUCGAAGCAGCGCAGACAAGAAUUGUUCAGCUUAAGUCAACCGGGUGGUCACCCCCGGGUGUGGAUGGCCGUCAGCCGUACUGCACUGCACAUAGCCAGAGAGCUGACCCUGAAAAUACAGGAUGCCAAUCGCUUGAUAAUGUCACGGGUGGCUGUGGCGGGCCAGAACCAGAUGGCUAAUGAAGAAGUCUCAAAAAGUCCCUUUCUGUUUUCUUCCAAUUUGGACUCAGACGGGGCCAACAGCAAAGGAGACCCCUCCAAUAAUAAUCAAACAGAAGCACAAGCAAGCCAUUCUCUCUCAAAGAUCAAAGCCACAUUGUCGAGUCUACCUUUCAUCACACAACUCACUGCAGAAAACCCAGACACUGACAGCAGAUGUCUCUUUGCAUCCUGUCAAAUGCACAUGUGGGCUGUGGAAGGAUUGUCCCAAGUUGCAUCAUGGUCCUUCACUGAGGACAAGUAUGGGGUGGUUCAGGGUUUUCUCCCAACUCUCAUAUAUACUUUGGUGGAUUUGAAUGAAGCUAUAGAGAAGCAUUUCAAAUGCACCAGUGUGGUUCGAAGAUCUCAUGCAGCCUCGGAGGACGUGCCAGAUGCCUCCUUACCUCACAGGUUACACUCUGUGACCCGCACCGCCAUAUACCGCGUGGUCAACACCUACAGACAACACUUACAUGAUCUACACUUGAGUCCUGAGUACUUCAAGAAGGUACAGAUGUUCAGCGACUUUCUGUUAUAACUUUUGAACUGAGCUUUUCAUCCUGGGGUGCUAGCCGCGGAGGAGUUGCCCUGAUGUCAUGUGGAGUGCAAUCGACUGUGCAGUGGCAAGAAAAGUGAUGCAGAAAGCAAGAAGGAAUGUUCUAAUCUAAAUGUGUUCAAAUGAUGCUAAGGGGACACAGAAAAAAAAAUGUAAUUCCUUGGAAAUUGCCUUGUAUAUUAUGUUUUCCAUCUGCUUUCCAGUGUAAAGGAAGUUUCAGCAAAACAUCAAUAUGUCUAAAUAUCGCUUUAAAAAAUUCAUAUUGAAAGUUCUCUGCUUGAUAUUUGGAUUGCUUCCUUGCCUUCCUACUGACGCGUAAUUAUUUUGUUUCAGGGGAUUUGCGAAACUUAUUUGCCUUGGUGAAAACCUUUCUGCCAUGGUUGUGUGUCUGUUUGAAGUUUUUCUGUUUGUGAGUGUAAAUAACUUUUUGUUGAACUGAUAAGAUGAACGGGUACUUGUUGUCUGAAUGGAUGCUAGGAUACAAUGUGUUGUCUUAUGAUGUCACUAUUGCUUUGCAUUUUUUUGCGUUUUGUAUUUCAGUUUCAUGAGCUGUACAAUAAAAAAAAAAAAAAAAAAGAAAUUGACAAUAAA